AUUACUACUCAUUCUAAGUGACCUAUCAGCUGGCUGAUCUGUUCAUCUGUUUACGGACGUUUGAGCUGAAGGACAUUUUGUUAUUUACGUAAAAAUUCUGUAAUGUUCUUAGAAACAGUUAAAUCAUUGCUAUAAUUUAUAUGUAAUAUACAGCUGUACGAUUUGAGGAAAUAAAUAUAUUGUAAACCUACUUUUGUAAAACACAUCGAGGAUUUGCAACAGAGCGGCCAGCAUGCUGCACCUGGAGCGGGUCCCGGACCAGGUGGGCUACCUGGUGCUGACGGAGGACGGGGCCGUGGUGGCGUCUGGCGGGGAGCUGGAGAACAACGAGCGGGUCGCCAACGUCAUCACGGGUCUCGUGUCCCUGACCAGCUGCGUGGACCCGGCCGCCUUCCCCGCCGACGAGGCCUUCAAGAGGAUCUCAGUGACGUACGAGGACCACAGCUACGUGGUGUGCCUGUCCAACAAGAGGCUGCUGGUGGUGAAACGCAGGUGCGUGCAGAGCCGGCCGGACGCGGCCGUGGCGUAGGACGUGCGUGUCGCCGCCUGCCAGCUGGCGCAGCUGGUGCGCUGCCUGCUGUGCCUGCUGGGCGUGGCCUGGACACGCCUCUCAGGCGGCGACGUGCUGCUGUGACUGGCGCAGUAUCACCCCACAGGGGCUCCACGUUCUCGAUGAUCAGGAUUGUAGCUAUUGGUCAGGGGAAUUAUGUGAAUUCACUUGAAACCUUGUAAAGUGUGGCAGAUUCGGGAGGAAAAUGUCAUGCUCCAUUCGGCCAUCACACAUGAUAUGUCAGAAUUUUUUUUUUAGAUGGUAAGUGCUUAAUCAUACUCACUAUAAAAAGAUGUGAGCAAGAUCCUGUUGGAUAUAUAGUAACUAGGCCAUCUGUGGCACUGGUGAAGCCUGGAUUGUCAUCAUUUAUUUCAGAAAAUUGCAUAUUUGGUAAAUUAUUUUCAUAUAAUUAGUGGAACAAAUCUAAAAUGAUCAUCAGGAUAGCCAGGGGAGAGUUAUUAUACAUUAGUGUGGUCGCCCUGCCUGUGCUGCGGACGUACCAGACUCGGCUGGUGUGUGUUUGUAUCUCCACGUGACUGCGUGGGAACGUAAAAGCACUCAAUGCAAACAUGAUUUUUUUUUGUAUUCAAUGAGCUAUAUUUUACAAUUUAAUUUAAUUUCAACCAUCUACUGAAGUUCUGUGGAAUCUGCUUUGUCUGGGAAGAGGUUGCUGCGUGAUUGGCUUGAGUCUUUUGAAAAUCAGCGGCUACGUGCCUCCUGGGCCAAUCAGGAAGCUCUGCUGAUUCUCUGUAACUGCGGUGGUUGCAUGCGCCAUGAGUCAGGGCAUUCAGGUUGACUUCUCUGCUGUUUGCGAUGGAGUGGUGUUGAGAUGUCUGCAGAUACAAGAGUCAGCUCGACAGCCAUGUUGCUUGAACUCACAAGAAAACUGAAUCCAUAUUUCUAGUUGGCGGAAGGUUGAUUCAACAUCCUAUUAAAAUCUUUUGUUGUAUUUUUGUAUGUAAAUUAAUGCUUAACUUUCUAUGUAUGUUUCCACAUUGACAGAAAUUCUGUUGCCUUCCUGUGGGAAUCCUUCCAGAUGAAUUACUGACUCCUUUCAUAUGAUGACUACAACAUUGUUAUGAUAUUUACAACCCUCAUGGUCUAAGAGUGCCAUCAAAUCAGUGGUAUUGUACCUCAAGUCCUCUUAGAGUUCUCGCAGUUGCAAAUAAUCUUAUAAAGUCACAUUGGGCACUAACUAGGAAAUAAUCCUGAAAUUUUAAACAUUACAUACCAGUCAAAGUGUCAUUUAAAUGGAAAAUUAAAAUUUUUAAAGGUUUUAAGUAUUAAUAUGUGUAUUGUAUAAAAUUUACAGUACUCAUACCAUCAUGUAGGUAGUGGGAAUUCACAUUUCCUGAAAGCUUUGAAAUAUAGAAGUUUAUAAUCAUCUACAAAACUCUCAAAAUUAAAAAAAAAAAUUCUAAUUUUACAUUCAUUUUAAGUUUGCAUUGCUUUUAAUUUACCAUAUUUCUGUAUAAUUUUGUGAAGGUCAUCUGUGUUAGUAUGUGAGACUUAAGCUCUUAUUAGAUCUACUUCUGUCAAGCAUCCACUCCCUUGCUUCUUAUUACAGGCUUGCUGUAAAUAUUGAAGCUCUGAACAAAUAAUUUGGAUCCAAUUUAAUCCUAAGCUGUCGUUCUUUGAGCCACUAAGUUGGUCAGAAACUUUACUUAUUUAACUACGUAAAAAAGUUUACAUUCUUUGCACUGUAAAAUAUUUUUCACUUGUGAAGCUAUUGUUAUUAUAUUGUUGAUUCGAUGUUGGAUUAUAUUUUAAGAAGCAAGUAUUGUUGACUAGUUUAUACAUUUUGUCUUCCUUAAAAAGAUAAAUGGUUUGGUAUGAUGGAAUGAAUCAUGAACAGCCUAGUUGUUGAUUGUUGAUAAUGAUAAUGUAUGUUACCUGACUUGAUAAUCUGUACUGAUGCCUAUGUAAUCAAUAAUAAACAUACAUUUAGGUAA